AUGGAGCACCACGAAGGAGCCGGUGGGCGAUCUACACCCCGUUCCCCUGGCCGCACAAGCAAUACAAACACCCCCACAGAAGGUGGACGACAGACCACUGAAGGAGAUGCUCCAACAGAGACAUUAUCCCAUGCUGCAUCCAAGCGCAAGAGACUGCAAGAACGACACCAAGCCCGCAAGCGCGGACGCACACCUCCAUCCGUCUUCCCUCGACGCAAUCGCUCCCGCAGUCCCAAUGGUGCCGCGCCCCGAGACGACCGACGAUCUCGAUCACCCAUUCAGCCCCGUUCACCCUCGCCCGAUGCACCACGCCAACGCAAGCGCCCCGGCGGCGGUGCACGACAGGGAAUCGCAGACAGGGAAACGCUACGACGCAGACAAGAGGAGCGAGAGCGUGCAGAGCAGGAGGAUGCUAUGCGCAAUUCUCAACAGCGCGGUGUGACGGAUGUUGUUCGACAACAUUACAACGCUGUUCCAGAGAGAGGUCGCGAGUGGCGCAAGACAGAGAGCAAGAUUAAGGGUCUGCGCACAUUCAACAAUUGGGUUAAGAGUACUUUGAUUCAAAAAUUCUCUCCGGACGAAUCAUUUGCUGCGCGAUUCGAUGACGCCAAGGAAUGGGCGGAUGAUAGUCAGGGCCCACCGCCUGCUGAUGACAGCAGGCUUCUGGUGCUGGAUCUGGGUUGUGGCAAGGGUGGUGAUCUCGGGAAGUGGCAGCUGGCGCCGCAGACGGUCGAUCUCUACGUUGGUCUUGACCCUGCCAACGUCUCAAUUGAUCAGGCACGGGGGCGGUAUGAUGAAAUGCGUUCGGGUCGUCGCAAUCCACGAGGUCGUCGUCCUCCGCCUAUCUUCCAUGCGGAAUUUUAUCCCAAGGAUUGCUUUGGUGAAUACCUGGGUGAUAUCGGGAUCGUUCAGCAGGUCGGCAUCGAUCCCAAUGUUGGGCCUGGGGGUUCUAUCAUGGCAUCCCGCUUUGGCGGCGGUGGCUUCGACGUCGUCACUUCUAUGUUUGCUAUCCACUAUGCCUUUGAGACCGAGGAGAAGACACGCCAGAUGCUCCGCAAUGUUGCUGGCUCCUUGAAGAAAGGCGGUCGUUUCAUUGGUGUGUGUCCCAAUUCGGACGUCAUCAGCACCCGUGUGGCUGCGUAUCACAAGCAGCGCAAAGAAGGCGAGGCUACUAAACCUGCUGAGCCAGAAGCCCCAGAAGAUGGAGAAGUUGAGGAGGUUGCACGGGCCGAAUGGGGCAACGACAUCUACCGCGUUCGAUUCCCUGGCGCAACCCCUGAAGAUGGAGUCUUCCGCCCUCCCUUUGGCUGGAAAUACAGUUACUUUAUGAGGGAGGCUGUCGAGGAGGUCCCUGAAUACGUUGUUCCUUGGGAAGCCUUCCGAGCCUUGACCGAGGACUACAACCUGGAACUACAAUACCGUAAGCCUUUCUUGGACAUCUGGGAAGAUGAGAAAAACCACCCAGAGCUUGGCCCCCUCAGUGAACGCAUGGGUGUGCGGGACCGCGUGACUGGUGCUUUGAAUAUGACCGAGGAAGAGAAGGAUGCCGUCAGCUUCUACCACGCAUUCUGCUUCUACAAGGUUUAG